AGGCCUGCUCCAGCCAGAGCCCAGGCGGCGGCGACGCUGGGGGCCACCCGGCACGAGGGCGCUGCUGCGGCGGCGAGAUGGCUCCAAGUCUGUGGGAAACACGGACUUCUCGGGGCGAAUAACGCUCCCGUCUAAUUUCCUUUCCCAGGUGAUCCGGGCUCGGUCUUGCUUCGCCUGCUGGGAACCGGUGGGAGCCGCGCUGCCCGCCCUCCCCCUCGCAGCGGCGCUUCGGGUCCUGGGAGAGCCCCCAACGCUCGGCGCCAGUCUCUUGGCUCGGAUCCCCGGCACCAGCAUGGACAGCGCUGCACCCACGACUCCCUCUGCUGUCGAAAUCCGAGCAAGAGGCAUCUGAGAGCCCGGACCCGCGCCGGCCCCCAUCCCAGCGCCCCGGGGAAAUUAGUGUUUCGCUCCACCCCCUUCACCCCGCACCCCAGUCGCUGUUACCGAAUUACCUCCCAAGUCUCCAGCCACCUCCAGGCGCAGAAACCUGCAGCCACAAGCUCGGUGCCUGGAGAGGUGGGCCGCGGUACGACCCCCCAAGCGCCAACUACGUUUUCUCCCUUCGCGACGCAAAGCCUCGAGGGCCCUCGUGGACACAAUUCUGAUCAGUUUUCUAACAGUUUCAACCUUGUGCAUUUCAGUUGCCCGCCUCACUCCACGCGCGUCUGCGCCGGUUGCCGAAUGUGGGUGCCGGAGCUUUCCGUGGCCGCACGGGGACACUCACACAGCCCUUUGCGGUGCGGGGACCAGCGGCUGUGAGAGCAGGUGCGGCCGGCGGAGGUGGGGUCUGGGCGCCGCGGGAGCGCGAGGCCGGUGAGGCCUGGGGCAGCGAGGCGAAGUGGGAGAGAAGCCGCGGAAACCCGGCGGAGGACCGGUGGGCAGCGCGUCGUUCCGGCGUUAAAGGGCGGGGACUGCCGAGUAUACCGUGGACUUUAUCAGCCCCAGGUCCACCCUUGAGAAAUCGGCCUCUUCCCGCCGCCCUCAGGAGCUCGGCCGCCGGCUCUCGCCUGCACGGCCCCGGGAAGGGCCCGCUCCCGGCGCGCUGGGCUGUCUCACCAGGCUCGCGACGCCGACACUCAGGCGACCGGGGUCCGGCCGGAUCCCCUCGGCGCCUCGGCCAGUGUUUCCAGGCAAUUCAGCGGCGUUUUCACAAGCAUUAGGAAACUCGUUCAUGGCCACUGAAAAGUGAGGGGCGGCUCAAAUCCGAUUUCCCACGGAUUCCUACCUCCAACGUCAGAUAAUGUCCGGAAAAGGUACCACCAAAUAAGCAUGAGAGUAUUAUUUUGGAGAAACAAUUAACCCCUACCCAAAUAUAAAGCGCCCGAGGAAGGUGAGACCGGAAGACAAGCAAGCCCCGUGCAUUCGCUGGUGCGGAAAGUGCGGCGCGGGGCCGGGCCUCGGGUUCGGGCCCCGCACUUCAGCACCGGAGGGGAUGGACAGCGUCUCCGGGCUGGGCUGCCGCCCCCGGGUCCGAACUGCGGCGCCGCGGUCCUCGCUGCCGCCGUCACCAAGGGUAGCCCGACUCCGGGCUCCUCGCAGCUAAGAGGCGGCCUUUCCAGAUGCCCCCGCGCCCCGCUCGGCUUCGUGACCCACGGAAAGUAACCCUCUUUUACUUGCUAUAGCCCCGCGCGGGGCUCUGAGAAGCUCUCCGGUUCCACAGAUUAAACUCAGCUGCAACUUCAAGAAUCAUUUUCCGCGGGGGCCAGAGGAAUACCAGGAGGAGAGUGAGGCCGAAGUUCUCAGAGGCUCCAGAAACCAUGGGCUCUGCAGUCGGGGUCCGAGUGCUCAAAGGCCCCUGCUUCCCCGAAUAAACAGAAUGCUCCCGGGAGGAUUGCACCUGUUUUGGAAAUAGCUUUGUGAGAGGUUCCAGAUCUACUCAGAACCUGACGUUAGAGACACGGGAGGAAUUCUGAGCCCUUUACUUGACAGACGACGUCCUUUGCGGUGUCCUGGCACAUGGAUUUCAGGACUGCCUGUGAGGAGACGAAGACGGGGAUUUGCUUGCUGCAGGAUGGCGCCCAGGAGCCCUUCAAAGUGCGGCUGCACCUGGCCAAGGACCUCCUGAUGAUCCAGGAACAGGAUGUGAUUUGCGUGUCUGGUGAGCCUUUCUAUUCUGGUGAAAGAACGGUGACCAUUAGGAGACAAGCUGUAGGAGGAUUCGGAUUAAGCAUAAAGGGGGGAGCAGAACAUAACAUUCCAGUUGUCAUUUCAAAAAUCUCCAAGGAGCAACGAGCGGAGCUGUCAGGACUGCUUUUUAUUGGGGAUGCCAUUCUACAGAUCAAUGGGAUUAAUGUGAGAAAAUGCAGACAUGAAGAAGUGGUUCAAGUUCUUCGGAAUGCUGGUGAAGAAGUGACCCUAACGGUCUCAUUUUUGAAAAGAGCACCUGCUUUCCUCAAACUGCCACUGAAUGAAGAUUGCGCAUGUGCCCCGAGCGACCAGAGCAGCGGCACGUCCUCCCCUCUGUGCGACAGCGGCUUACACCUCAACUUCCACCCCAACAACACAGACACGCUGUCCUGCUCGUCCUGGCCCGCGUCCCCGGGCCUGAGGUGGGAGAAGCGGUGGUGCGACCUCCGGCUGAUCCCCCUGCUCCACUCCCGGUUCUCCCAGUAUGUGCCCGGCACAGAUUUGAGUCGGCAGAACGCUUUCCAAGUGACGGCGGUGGACGGGGUCUGCAGUGGGAUCAUCCAGUGCCUCUCUGCUGAAGACUCCCUGGACUGGCUGCAAGCAAUAGCAACCAAUAUCUCCAACCUCACAAAGCACAACAUUAAAAAAAUCAACAGAAACUUUCCUGUAAACCAGCAGAUCGUCUACAUGGGCUGGUGUGAAGCCCGCGAGCAAGACGCCCUCCAGGACCGUGUGUACCUGCCCACAUUUCUCGCCCUGAGGGGCUCAUGUCUUUACAAGUUUCUGGCACCACCAGUGACCACAUGGGACUGGACCCGAGCUGAGAAAACGUUUUCCGUUUAUGAGAUUAUGUGCAAGAUUCUCAAGGACAGUGACCUGCUGGACCGGCGGAAACACUGCUUCACGGUGCAGUCGGAGUCGGGGGAGGACCUCUACUUCUCCGUGGAGCUGGACUCCGACCUCGCCCAGUGGGAGCGAGCCUUCCAGACAGCAACUUUUCUGGAAGUGGAACGGAUACAGUGCAAGACAUACGCGUGUGUGCUGGAAAGUCACCUGAUGGGACUCACCAUCGACUUCAGCACCGGCUUCAUCUGCUUUGACGCUGCGACCAAGGCUGUACUUUGGAGGUAUAAGUUUUCUCAGCUUAAAGGUUCUUCCGAUGACGGCAAGAGCAAAAUCAAAUUUUUGUUUCAGAAUCCAGAUACUAAACAGAUUGAAGCAAAGGAGCUGGAAUUUUCCAAUCUAUUCGCUGUUCUUCACUGUAUUCAUUCAUUCUUUGCUGCCAAAGUAGCCUGUUUGGACCCUCUCUUUUUAGGCAGUCAGGCUGCUGCUUCUGCUGCUUCCAGCUCCAGUAUGUCGAGCAAAGCCAAGUCCCUGACUUGACAGUUGGCACCCUGCUCCCUGUGACUUGUAAACAGAAUGCUCAUGCUCAUCGCUUCAAACACUGGAAAAGCAAUCCCAUCACCAAGUCAGCAGUGAAGUCAGGUUGACAUUUCAGCACGAAGAGGUUCAUAGGGUCUCAAAAGCAUUUCUGUUUGGAAGCCUCUGUGAUGUACCCUCAAGGAACAGACUAGCUUGCUCUCCCUCAGCGGAUGGUACCAGAAUGGCACUCUCAUCAAAGUGAAGACGAAAGAAUGAAUGACUUGAGUAUGUAAAUAAUAUAAAAUUGUAAGCUACCUAUAAAUAAAAACACCCAUUAAAUGGUUCUGUAUUUUAGAUUAUUUUGUAUGACAAGUACGUGUUUGGUCUGAUCACGGACUCAGGCCCGGUCGUAUCAGGAGUGACCUAAAGCAGGCUGAUACCAUAGGGCUGGGAGACCACCAUGCUAAAGCCCUCAUCGAAGAAGAAAGCACUUUAACUUGCUGCUGUAGACCUGGAGUCCUCAGCCCGUGCCGGGCCUAGCACUUCAAGUUUGCAGGUCUUACUGGCAGGUGUUGCUGAGAGUUGCAAAGGGAUAAUCACCUUUUACCUAUGACAGACACGCUGUGCAAUGGACUGUUUCUUCCUUGGGUCACUGACACUGUAUGUUGUAUUUGCUCCCAGGGUCCUUCAAAGAUGCCAAAAUGUGUCCAUUGGAUGGUGAAGGAAGGAAACAUCCACAAGCCUCUUGUUCUGUCCUUUGUUUAAAGAGAUUUGUGUUUUACCCGGGAUAUAUUAUCAAAUCAAAACUUCGAAACCUUUUGUUGACCCCAGAAACUUUUGUAGAGAAAACAUGAUCACCAAAUGUGAUGUAAGAAACACUUGUUUGCAAUCCCAACCCUCCCUGUUAACCCUGGACCGGAAUGUCCCCAGACAGCAAAAGCUUUUCCUUACAUUGGCUGGAUAUCGUUUCUCCACUUCACUUGGACUUUAUGAGAUGAAGGUGAGAUACGAAAAUAAAAUUUCAAAUUUCCAUCUUCCCAUGUCAUAAAGAGUUGUUUUAGGCAUCUUCUCUUAGGAAUGUAAGUGUGAAGGAGUUGGAAAUCUGAAAGCACUGAUGUUUGACUCAGAUCCCAGGUGACUCAGAGCUCUUUGUAUGACAUUCUCUGUUCUUCAAUCCAGCUGUACUGAGAUCUGCUUUUAAAUAACCAGCUGCCUAGUUAGAAAAAAAAAUUACCUUUUCAUUAACACAUCUGUUCCCAAAUAAAUCAAACGUUGGACAUUUCUUUAUGAAGAUGACCAAGUAUCUAAUAAGAUGGUUUGAUUUUUCUUCCUGAAUAGAAGGGGAAAGUGGCACUCGAGAAGGAAACAAAAUUAUUCGUCAAAGGACACAUGAACAUUAUAAUGAAAAAAUGAACAGCAAACUAUCCCCAUAGUCACUAUAAAUUAUUAACCCACUUUGCAUCUGAUUAGAACCUCAGCACGCUCAGUUGAAAAGGGACAGUGAGGGUUCAUAAUUGUACCCGGGCAAGUUUUAAGUUCAGCCUAGGGCAUCUUAUAAAACGAACCGUGGCAAACAGGACAAAAUGUAGUUUUAACAUAAUUUAUUUGGACUAUCAAACUAAAUACAUGCCCAUAAUUGGGAUAACACUACCAAAUCAUUGCUCACCUGUUUUUGAGCAAACCCAAUGCUCUUUUGAAACCAGAAGCCCACCACAGCCAGGCUUCAGGAGGCCCCUGAUGAGCUUAGAAGGAAGGAGCAGAGAGGGAGGCAUCUGCCUGGGGCCUGAAGCCUGGCAUCCCAUUUGCCAUAGAGUCUCUGUCCCCAGGUCAGGCUGUGUCUCCGUGCACCCCCGGGGGAAACAUCCUCAUGACCCUGGUGUGGUCAUCAGUCUACAGGCAAUAUGCAAUGGGCUAGUUUGCCUAAAGAAAAAAAAAGUUUCAAAACUUUUUACAAGUGUAGUGUAAUCAUUUUUAAAAAGUCAGAUUUUGUAAAAGCUCUAUUUAAAAAAAAUACAAAAGGUCAGUUCGAUUAAAUAUCCUUUUGCAUAUCAUUAAAUCUUCGAUCCUGUGUUUGUGUGUAUGAUAAAAGAUGCACAAUGACGUGUGGGUACAUACGUUCCUCAUAGAACAUACAUGCCUACACGUAUAUGUAUGUGUAUAUAAGAAGAUGCCAAUCACAAAUUAGAUAGAAUAUAUUUCAAAUACAUAUACUUAAUAUACUUUAAAUUUCCAUUGUAAAUUGUAACUGGAAUUAAAAUUUAUGACAAUACCAUAUUGUGUUUAUUUUUGAUACUAUUGAAAAAAAAAAAAAAACACAGGCCUAAAUUGAUACUUUACAUGAUUAGUGGAGAAGCCACCUAUUACAAAAGAACUAUUUUGAUUUUCAUCAGUUAGCAAAUAGCAUUUAACGUUUUCUUUGACUGUGCAAUGAUUACACCUGUCAUUUGCUACUUGGACUACUUGAAUGAGAGUUUAGAAAUGAAGAAAAAUACCCUGAUACACCUCUAUUUCUCAUAUAAUUUAGGUUUAGACGCAUGAGAUUUAUUCAUCAGAUACUGGUUUGUAUGAGAGCACAUUUUAACAACAGAAUGCUUCAUUAUGCAUUAACCUCUCCAGUGCCUUGGCAUAUGCACGCGUGUGUGUGCAUGUGUACACAGGUAUACAUGUAUGUGCACAUAUAUGUAAACAGGUGUAUGUGUGUAUGCACACUAAAGGUUCAUUAGAGUGUACAUAGUACAAGCCCAAAGGGAAUGUUACAUUUUAUGUACGUGGGUCAGAGAAGGGAGUUCGGAUAUCAUCUGAAAUCUUUGCUAACGACUAUAAUAAUGUAUUUUGCCUGAUAAAGAAUAAAAUUCAUUUAAGCCGAAGUAUACUAAAGCAGGGGCGUUUUUAAUUUGUUAUAUUGCAAGAGUAUUUAUUUCAAAAAUAUUUUAAUAGGUAAAGUAAGUGUGAUGUGUACCCUGAUAUUUACCACCCAAUAAUAUUUUUAAGAGAAAAUAAUCAGCCAAUCAUUUCUUGCCCAUUUUUCCAUCAUGUACCCACUUCGAGUUUUAAAAUCUUUUUCCAGGAAACUGUCCGUCAGCAAGAAGAAACAUAAUUCCUUGAAAAUAAAUGUCAGUCCCAUAUUCACUGUCAGCACAGAGACUGUCCUUUGGGCACCUUAGUUUCAAGUCAAAGGCUUCCCUCAGUUCCAGAAACAAAGCUUGUUCAUAAACUUUGUCUACAUUGAAUACUGGGUUUGAGAACUGCUUGAUUUAUGACUGUGGAAAAGUCAUCAUCCCACCCAUCAUUUGGAAUUACUGCUGGGCAUGGGCAAAGUAGGGAAGCUUGAAAGGCACAGGGACAGUCUUGCGCUUGACUCUUUAAGGUGAGUGUGGAUGUUCCGAGAAGAAUAACACUUUCCCUCCCUUAACACUGUGGUCCUCACGGCUCCCCAGAAGGAACUGCUUUAUUCAUACCUCUAAAACUCUUGUUUAUGGUUUAUUCUUAUUCCUAAUUCUUUAAAAUCAUAAUUCACUUAUUUGCACAUUUGACGUUGCUUUUAAAAACAAAGAAAAUAUUAUAAAUGUUAUAUAUUUUAUACAUAUUAAAAUGCAGUGAAAAUACUGGAACUAUGAAAUGUAAAUAUAUUUAUUUCACUUUUAAUUGUUUCGGUGGAUGUUUGUAAAAUGGCAAUUAAUAUCUGUGACAAAAACUUGUCACUUUGUUCUUGAAGUUCCUUAAUGUACUACUAAUACAACUGUACCUUUUUUAAUGAUGUAUACUGGAAAAUAAAAACAAAUACUUUUUACUACA